GAUACAUCAGAGGGAAAAGUUUUGAUUGAAAAAACUUCCAAAACCCUUGGGAUCUCAGAAAAUGUCUGACGAAGAGGAAACUGCGUCUCAGCUCACUGACAAGCAGAAAAUGGAGAUAGCCAAAUGGUUUCUCCUCAAUUCUCCGGCCGGAGAAAUCCAAUACGUCGCCAGAGAUAUUAGGGCGGUUUUGAAGAACGAGAGAGUGUAUAGAGCGGCGGUGGCCGAGGCUUUUCCCCUUUACAACAAAGCCCACAUGAUUUGCCUCGAGUUUCCGGAUAGAAGUGGUGAGGUUAUUGUUUCAUCAUUUAGCGAGAUUGAUAAGAAUGAAUAUCUUGAUCCUAGGACUGCCCAAGUUGCAAGAGUUGACCAUGUGAAACAGGUCUGUGAAGAUGCUAGACCAGCAAAUGAUGAAGAGCUUCCCUCAUCAUAUAUUGAGGAAUAUCGGUGUGCCCUGGAUGCAGAAAUUAUCAAGUAUGUCAGUGAAGCAUAUCCAAAAGGAGUGUGUUCAGUUUAUUGUGCCAAUGGAAAAGACGUGGAGGAACCAGGGUCAGAUUUUGAGCUUGUUGUGCUAAUUUCUGCUGCUAGACACAGCCCUCAAAAUUUCUGCAAUGGAAGUUGGCGGUCAAUAUGGCACAUGGAAUUCAAGGAUGAGCUACAAAUUGUUGAAGUUAGAGGUAAACUUCAGGUUGGAGCCCACUACUUUGAAGAGGGAAAUGUUCAGUUGGAUGCAAAGCAUGAAUGCAAAGAUUCCACAAUAUUCCAGUCACCUGAUGAUUGUGCGGUUUCCUUGACCACCAUUAUUCGCCACCAUGAGACGGAGUAUCUGAAUUCCCUUCAGGUGUCAUAUUCCAAUUUGCCUGACACCACUUUCAAGGACCUUCGGCGGAAGCUUCCUGUUACACGUACGCUAUUUCCAUGGCAUAACACCUUGCAGUUCAGCCUGACCAGAGAUAUCCAGAAGAACUUGGGACUGGAAAGCAGUAAAUGAUUCUUCUCUUCUGGCGUAGAAAAGUUGUAUACCGUGGUGUUUCCGAACUCACUAUGAUCAUUUUGUUUCCAUUUUUGUAAUUUAUCCCUUGAAAUCUUGUGCUUCCCUAUAUCUUGUAUAUCUCUCUCUCUCUCUCUCUCUCUCUUUGGGGGGUUGGGGAUGGGGGGUGUUCAGCUUGAAGAUGUACUCGCCAUAAUUAAUUUACCAAUUGAUUUGGAAUGCUGAACAUAUCUAUUAGUAUAUAUAUUUGAAGGAAAUUUGAAGGAAAUGUUUU